UGACACUUUUCUUUAUCGCGAAAGGCAUGCUUCACGCUGUUCUCCCUCGCCCUCUUCCCCUCCCCCUCUCCCUCUCCCUCUCCCUGCCAACUCCCCGACCCGCCUGUGCUCCGCCGCCUUCGAUCCUCCUAUGGUCCACGAACGGCAGAAUCGAUGUCCUUACGGCUGGGAAAUACCGAACGCCGCAUGCAGCAUAGCUCCCUCAAUUCUAUAGACGGCGCGCGAACGCCGGACGGCGACCAGACAUGUCGACACACCUCCGGGCUGGUGGAUGGGAAUGGGGACGCUGAUGAAGGGUUCGAUGUCGAUUUCUACGCAAUUGCGGUGGGCCACUUCCUAGAUGUUGAUCCAAGGCCAACCUUUGUUAUCGACCGUCGCACAAAUCUGGGCAAGGACUUCGAGUCAACCUUUGCAAAUGCAGCAUUGCGAUCAAACCAUCAUCUGGCCAAGGCCGUGCUCUCCAAGUCCAGGCCCGAUUCUCCUCUACUGGCAUCCACUCUAGAGUUCCGAGCUUGGAUGGAUUAUGUUGUUCAACAUCAUCGCUCUGACAUCUCGAGUCCGCCCACGCUCUCAUACUGUGACCACGUUUGGUCAGCCUUUACUCUCCACGAGCGAUGGGUAGUCAUCAGCGGCUGUUGCACUGAACGGGACUCGAAGGGAAUCAACCUUCCUCCGCUGGCCCGACGCCCGAACAAAGUGUCCAGACAGCAGGUCGGAGUAGGCCAGGAGGAUCGAAUCACGCUGGACAUGAAAAAUGAAGUCUUCGAUGCAGUCCACAGGUUACAAGCAUCAUUCGUGUCUACAGGAACACCCGAUUCGACACUUGCACAGCCCGAAGGAUUCCUUUCGCCGCAUGUGAUGUUCGCGCGAAGCAUUGACUGGGCAUCCACGCCUUUGGGAGACAUGAGCACUUGGAGUGCGGAACUCAGGCAGAUUGCAAACUUGCUAAUGAGCAACCCGCAUCCUGCCGCUGUAUUCUGGGGGGAGGAACUUACAGUGAUUUAUAAUAAAGCUUACGCCGAUGGCGUCGCCGGUCAGAAACAUCCCGAAUUGAUGGGGACCGGGUUUCGAGGACAUUUUGAAGAAGUUUGGGGCAACGUUGGGACAAUCUUCAACGAGUCAAGAGAGACCGGAAAAGCUGUAGCGGUGGAAAAUCAAAUGUUACCGAUUGAGCGACGUGGUUUUGGCGAAGAGACUUACUUUACAUGGUCGUUAACCCCCCUUUAUGGCGGAACUUCACAGUUACUCGGCCUGUAUAACGCGCUAUUCGAGACUACUAGACAGACCAUCAACGACAGACGUACGAGGACGUUACUCAACCUAGGGGCAGAGGUUGCUCUCGCGAAGUCAGUGUCGGAAUUCUGGCGUCAUGUUUUAAAUGCUCUUCGGGAGAACGAGUAUGAUUUCCCGUUUGCUCUACUCUAUUCAGUUGUCGAUGAUAUAGAUGGGGACGAGGGAGCUUCUAUGUCUUCAGAAACCUCGAGUGCCUUGAAGAGCUGUAUUUUGGAGGGAACCCUAGGCGUCCCAGAAGGCCAUCCUGCGGCCCCAACUGGACUGGAUCUGAGGCGGGCAACGGGAGGGUUCAUUCCCGCGUUUCGGGAUGCGCUGCAGACUCGGGAGCCAAAGUUAUUAAGUCUUAUUGAUGGAACAUUAUCGGAGACCAUGAUAGAAGGCCUGGAAUGUCGAGGUUUUGGGGAUCCUUGCAGGCUUGCGGUAGUCUGUCCAAUACGUCCAACGAAUGGAGAAAAUGUCCUUGGGUUUUUAGUUGUCGGGAUUAAUCCUAGACGACCAUACGACGGUGAUUAUGAAGCCUUUAUCAGGCUUCUGAAUAGACAACUGGCGACUUCUCUAGCUAGUGUUGAGCUUUUUGAGGAUGAAAUACGCCGUGGAAAUACUGCGGCAAAAGUUGCAGCUUUAGAGCGAUCUCGGCUUAGUGAGGAGCUUGCUGUACAAAGGGGUCGUCUCCAGCGUAUCGCUGAAGUAGCUUCAGUCGGUAUGUUUAGUAUAGAGCCCAACGGGCUCCUACUCGGGGCCAACGACCGCUGGUUUGAAAUGACUGGCCACCCACGAGAUAGGGUUUACGAGAUGUCCUUCAUGGAAACAAUCGCGGAGAGCAGCAGACAGGCCAUGGAAAUGGGCUGGAGGAGGUUAACCAUCGAUGGGAUGCCAUGGUCUGGAGAACUACAAAUGAAGCAGAAGUGGUACGACCCAGCUACUGGCGAAGAGCACGACAACUGGAUGUUGGCCGCGGCACAGCCAGAAUACUCUGCUGGUGGAACUGUCAAAAUAAUCAUGGGUUCCCUGACAGAUAUCACAGCGCAGAAGCGCUCGGCCAAGGAUGCAGAAGCUCGUGCCAGGCUCUCGGAAGAACUUCUUAAUUUGCAGAAGGAGAGGCUUGAGGAAGCAGAAGAGACAAGGCGACAGCAAAAUAACUUCAUCGACAUGACAUCGCAUGAAAUGCGAAACCCUCUAAGCGCCAUAGUCCAAUGUGCGGAUUCCAUUUCCACUUCGAUGAACGAAAUCUACAAUAAUUCAAAAUUGAGCUUGGAACCGGCCCUUAAAGCAACUAUCAAGACCUGUAUCGAAGCCUCGGAUACCAUACAACUUUGUGCUCAGCACCAAAAGAGCAUAGUCGAUGACAUUCUCACGAUCUCAAAGCUGGACUCAAACCUUUUAUUAAUCACACCUAUGCCAAUCGAGCUGGUCAAGGUUGUGCAACAAACCCUUAGGAUGUUCAUGGCAGAAUGUACCGUGCAUGAUAUCACAAUGAAUCUGCACCUCGAGAAGUCACUUCAAGAGUUGAAUGUGGAUUGGGUGAUGUUGGACAGCAGUCGCCUUCUCCAGGUCCUCAUAAACUUACUCACGAAUGCCAUAAAGUUCACCAAGUCCGAAAAGAAGCGUCUUGUCGAUGUGUCCAUCGGUGCUUACUUAGAACCGCCCGCGGUUGAGAUUGAGAAUUUCCGGUAUUUUCCAACGCACAGGGCCAGGGCAGAUAUAACAGCCGGCGCUGAUUGGGGCACCGGUGAAAUUCUUUACCUUCGAUUUGAGGUGAGAGAUACGGGUUGUGGUUUAAAUGACUCAGAGAAGAAGAAUCUCUUCACUCGAUUCUCUCAAGCCUCGCCACGUACACACGUUAAAUACGGAGGAAGUGGUCUUGGCCUUUUCAUAUCACGACAGUUGACCGAAUUGCAGGGAGGAGAAAUCGGGGUUGCUUCUGAAGCUGGUGUUGGGAGCGCGUUCGCAUUUUAUCUAAAGGCGCGUCGACCGGAGGGGAGUGCGGCGACUCCUACCACAACUCACCAACGGAACCACUCUGAUCUGGAGUCAAAUUCAAGAGUCACAAGCCUUCGAGAAAAGGAAAGGCCCGUCUCUAACCCCCGUCAGUUUAGAAACUUGGCCACGUAUGCGCCGGAGCCACCUAAUAUCUUGCUACGGGCGAAUCCAAAAGACUGGCAUGUUCUGAUCGUCGAAGACAAUUUGGUGAACCAAAGAAUCCUCGCCACACAGAUCUCCAACCUUGGAUGUACUACUUACGUAGCGAAUCACGGCGGGGAGGCGCUCGAUCUCAUACAGGAGUCGGCGCACUACAAAGGCAAGGAAAGGGAUGGGAAGCAUCUCUCGGUCAUAUUGAUGGAUUUGGAGAUGCCUAUAAUGGAUGGGUUGACAUGCACACGCAAGAUUAGGGAAAUGGAAGGCGCGGGCUUGAUUUACGGACGGAUACCGAUUAUUGCAGUGACGGCGAAUGCUCGCGACGAGCAAAUCGCCAAUGCAAAACUCUCGGGGAUUGAUGAUGUGAUGCCGAAACCUUUUCGAAUUCGCCAGCUGGUGCCAAAGAUAGACGCGCUCUUGCACAAGAUGGUGCCGGAGCCAUGACCAUAAGCAUACUGGAGUUGGGGAGGGGCUGCAUAGCGAGGAUCAUUGUAGAUAGAGAUACCAUUUGCUGUACCCGGAUUGACAAAUCGAGCGACGCCGCUUAUGAUAAAAGAACACGAAGUUUCCAAAAAAAAGCACUUCAACACUUGAAUGAUACAUUUGUAGGGCUUUGGUUCUUAGAGAGUAG